AUGUCUUCUUACCUAGUUCUUGGAGCGUCUCGUGGAAUAGGACUCGAGUUCGUCAACACAUUGAGCAAGAAGGCCGACAACAAAGUGUUUGCUGUUGUUCGCACCCCAGAGUCUGCGACCCAGCUGCAUUCGCUCGCGUCGAAGCGAUCGAAUGUGUUCACGGUCAAGGGCGACCUCGACUUUGUGGAAUCUCUCAAGGCUGCUGCCACGGAAGUCGCAGGCCACACUGGCGGAAAGCUUGAUGUCCUCAUACUCAACGGUGUCCGUAUGGCCUCACAAUACGCCGGUCUGACCCUGGAUAAGUUCCCCGACCCCCAGACCCUCGAAGAGGACCUCGUGGCCGGCUUCCGCAGCAACACCGUCGGCGCCGCGCACGCCAUCAACGCCUUCCUGCCUCUGCUCCGUGCGGGCGCGAAGAAGCAGAUCCUCGCGAUCACCUCCUGCGUCGGCGACAUCGACUUCGUGCGCGGGACCGAAGUGGGCACGAACACGGCGUACACCGCGUCCAAGGCGGCGCUGAACAUGGUCGCCACCCAGUUCGCCGUCGCGCUCAAGCCCGAAGGCUUCACCGUGCUCUCGAUCAGCCCCGGGUACGUGAACACCUUCACCGAGGACCCCAACGACUUCGCGAGCAUCCCUGAGCCCGUUAAGCAGCUGACGGCCACAUUCAAGAAGGUUGCGCCGGGCUUCGACGGGAACCCGCGGACGCCCGCGGUUGCCGUGUCGAUGGUGCUGGACGUGCUGAACAGGAGCGGGCCGGAGCAGAGCGGCUCUUUCCUGUCCCAGUACGGCAACAAGGAAUGGGUCUGA